AGAAGAAAAGUAGUACUAAAAAGGAGAAAAGCGGCUUGGUAAAGGGUGAGAAGAGAAAUGCCAUCUGAAUGCCGAGAUUCAUGAGGUGUUUCUCUUUGUUUUGUAUUGUAGUGAAUAAAAUAAUGAAUCUCAACCUUGUUGUUGUGAAUGUUUGUUUGAUGUUGAAUUUGGAUAAUUUAGGGUAGUGAAGUUUUGAUAUGACUGUGUCAAUGGCUUCCAGACUACAACUUCAUCAGAACGUUGAGGUGAAGAGUAGUGAAAGUGGAUUCCUGGGUUCAUGGCACUUAGCUACUAUCAUUGGUUUUAAUGAUUUUGUUCCACAAGUUCAAUACCAUCACCUUCUCUCUGAUGACAAGGAAGAAGAAGCUUCUAUCAACUUGAUUGAAUCGGUUAACCUUUCUCCAAUUAGGCCUUUCCCACCUCCACUUCAAUUUCACACAUCCCUUCUAUCUUAUGGACAAUGUGUUGAUUUGUUUUAUCAAGAUGCUUGGUGGGAAGGAGUUAUAUUUGACCAUCAAAAUGGUGCCCUAAACAGAAGAAUUUUCUUUCCAGAUAUGGGUGAUGAAAUCAAUGCUCAACUCCACAAUCUACGUAUAACUCAAGAUUGGGAUCAGGUUUCACAACAAUGGAAUCCUCGUGGUACCUGGAUGUUUCUUCAAAUUAUUCACGAGAUUGAGAAUCUCCAUCCCCUUUUCGUCUCACUCAAACAAAUUUGGUAUCAAAUCCGGGAGAAGAAUGCCUACAAAUACCUCAAGGAAUGGACAUCUACUUCGGCUGAUAUCUGGAGGAACUUGAUUAACCAAGUUGUGCAUGAAAACGCUAUCUUAACCGUCAAGCAUAUUUUUUGUGAGUCCAACACUUCACCAGGCUUUCUAGAGGGAGGCCCAUUGCUAGAAUUUUCACAACCCACUGAAACAUAUUUUCAUAACUCAGCCAUUUUACCUUUUAUUGAAGCCAUAUGCAAAUCAAUUAGUGGGGAGAUGAUGUGUAUGGAUCGGGAGGUAUCAUGUAUAGAUAAACAACUUGUUUCGGAGGGUUUUGGACCAAUCUCAGACAAUGUUCCAUUGAGUGCUGGUGCUUUAUUUCGCUCAGUUCUACCAAGCCAAGAAGAACAACAAGCUGUAUCACCUAAUGCUUUGCCAGUUUUACACCCCCCUAAAAAUGAAAUUUCUGGUACUUCGUCAAUUACUAAGAGUGAGAGACUGAACUUUGAGUCCUCCAAUAAAAGACAUUCUAGAAAGAGGAAGCGAGUUGAGUACAAUGAUAAUAAUAUGUUGAACCACAGGUCCCCAGAAUCCUUGCAAAAACUUAAGAAACAUUUGUUUCACUUAGGAUGGAAAAUUGAGCAACCAAAGGAUCGCAGCAUCACUAGGACACGGUACAUUGCUCCUGAUGGAAAAAUAUUCCAAUCACUUCGUCAAGUUUGUAAGAUGUUGGAAAAGUCAGAAACUUGGGCAGAAGACCAAAAAACAUCAUAUGAUGGUUCAUCUGAUGACCUCAACUUGUCUACUUGCCCGGCAAAAACAAAGACACGCAGUCAGGUGUCUGAGCUGCCAUAUACUUCUCAAGAACCAAUCAUUGAUCCUGAAAUCAGCCGUGAAGCUGUAAUUGAAUAUUGUUCACUGGGAUCACCAGCCAAUCCUGCCUAUAAGAAGUUGAACAGUGGGGAAAAGAAGUUUACGAUCAUGAAAGCUAAGAAGCACCUAGCUGCAAUAGGAUGGAUAUUUUAUUAUUAUCGGGGAAGGGACAAGAGAGAGUUGCGGUACCAUUCUCCUCAUGGGAAAACAUUCAACACUCUUCUAGGGGCAUGCAGAUGGUGUAUGCAGCAGUGGAAAGCUGAGGAACAGAUGCCUGAAUUAUUUUCCCGGUCAACUGUUCUAGAAUAUCAGGGGAAUUUGGCACCUCAGAGAACCUCAAGUGAGAAGUUAUCAGCGGCGACAUUUUCUGUCCUGCCACUUGCUAAAGAACCUGCUCAACUUAAUAAAGUCAAAGUUUGUGAAAUCAGUAAAACAAGAAAGAAGACUAAUCAUGCAGGUGGCAUGUUGAAAAAAGGAAAUGAAUCUAGAUCUUCAAGAACAGUAACAGAUGGUACAGAAUCUGAGUCUUCAGUUGGUCUGUUGCGAUCCAGUAAAAAAGCUCGGCAGGGGACACUUUGUUCUUCCUUGCAUCAUACACCUCGAACAGUUUUAUCUUGGUUGAUUGACAAUAAUGUGGUUCUGCCGCGUGCGAAAGUGCAGUAUCGUGCGAAAAGAGAUGGUCGUCCAAUGGCAGAAGGGCGGAUCACUCGUGCAGGGAUCAAAUGCAAGUGCUGCCAAAAAGUUCAUGGAAUUAGCAGUUUUGAGGUGCAUGCUGGAAGUAGUUAUCACAGACCUUCAGCAAAUAUAUAUUUGGAAGAUGGACGAUCCCUUCUUGAUUGUCAACUGCAGAUGAAAGAAAAGACUAGUUUAAGACACACGAGGAAGAGAACACCUUUGUUGAAGAAGCGCAGCCAUUGGGGCACAAAUGACUAUGUGUGUUCCGUGUGCCAUUAUGGUGGUGAAUUACUUUUGUGUGAUGAAUGCCCGUCUUCCUUUCAUACUGGUUGCCUUGGAUUGAAGGAGAUCCCAGAUGGAGAGUGGUUUUGCCCAUCAUGCUGUUGUGAAACAUGUGGCCAGAGCAGAUUUGAUAAAAACAAAGACCACUUUACUGACAGCAGUCUACUUAUCUGUUGUCAGUGUGAUAACAAGUAUCAUGCUCGGUGCAUGAGAAAUAAGGGUUUUCAAAAGCUGGAUUAUCAUCCUGUAGGAAGUUGGUUUUGCAAUAAGAGAUGUGAGCAGAUAUGUUUGGGUAUCCGCCAACUUUUGGCAAAGCCAGUUGUGGUGGGAAUUGAUAACCUCACUUGGACUUUAUUGAAAUACGUGAAACCUGAUGAUUUUGAUUCAGAUGCUGCUAAUGAUGAAUUCAUCUUGGAGACUUAUAGUAAACUUAGUGUCGCUCUGGAUGUGAUGCAUGAAUGCUUCGAGCCUGUCAAAGAACCUUACACAAGGAGAGAUCUUAUAGAAGAUGUUAUCUUUAAUAGAUGGUCAGAGCUGAAUCGCUUAAAUUUUCAGGGUUUCUAUACUGUGCUUCUGGAAAGAAAUGAUGAAGUUAUUUCAGUAGCAACUGUAAGGGUUUAUGGAGAAAAGGUAGCCGAGGUUCCUCUUGUAGCAACAAGAUUUCAGUACCGCCGACUUGGAAUGUGUCGCAUCUUAAUGAAUGAGCUUGAAAAGAAACUCAUGGAAUUAGGAGUUGAGAGGCUAGUUUUGCCUGCUGUACCAACUGUGCUAAACACAUGGACCACUUCAUUUGGUUUCUCACUGGUGAAAGAAUCUCAGAGGUUAAACUUCUUGAAUUACACUUUCCUUGAUUUCCAGGGUACAACAAUGUGUCAGAAACUUCUCCAGAGUAUCCCUCCAGAGGUAUCAAGUGAAUCAACAGAAGCUUAUCAAACUCAAUUUGACCACAUAAACAGCAAGGAGAAUGUUGAGUUGGAUGGAAACAGUGCGCUUUCUGAGGUCUUCCAAGCUGAGCAAAUUGAGGAGAGUGCAAUUGUGGACCAAGGAUCUGCAGAGUAUGUUUCCCCUUUGAUUUCUGUUUUUUAAGGACUGAACAAGGAGACUACAACAACAUACAAGUUGCAAUCCCACUAAGUGGGAUCUGGAGAGGGUAGGGGUACGCAGACCUUACCACUGCAUAUGUAGACUCAUUUAAAGAGUCUGUUUCCGAAAGACCAUCGGCUCAAGUACAUCCAAUUCCAGUAACAGUAGAAGAAAACAAUGAAAGAAAGCAUAACAAUAAAAACGAAAAGCAGUGUAGUUCCUACAAGAAAGGAACAAUACCACAACAAAUAGUGUGAUAAUUGAAAUACAACACACAAUAUCUGACGUUAUAUAACAAAGGCAAGACAACACUCUACCUCUAUUAACCUUCUAUCCUAAUACACGAUUUCCAUCUUCUUUCUUAUCUAGGGUCAUCUCCUCAGUGAAGUUGGGUCAUAUUCUGUCUAAUCACCUCUUCCCAAUAUUUUUUGGGCCUAUCUCUACCCCUCCUCAUACCCCCUACAACCAGCCUCUCGCAGCUCCUCUCUGGAUUGUUAGUGCAUCUCCUCUUGAGUGUUCACAUGCCCAUCUCUGACUCUCUUUUCUCAUCUUGUCUGCACAGGGGCCUAUCCCACCUUCUCUCGAGUAAUCUCAUUCUUAAUCUUGUCGCUCCUAGUAUGCCCGGACAUCCAUCUCAACAUCCUCAUCUACGAAAGACGCAUCUUCUGAACAUGUGAGUUUUUGACUGGCCAUCACUCCACCCUAUACUACAAGGAUGAUCUAACAACCGCUCUGUAGAACUUUCUUUAAGUUUAGGUGAUACAUUUUUAUGAGGCAAGCCUCCAUCUCAUCCAAGCUGUGCCAUGCGAUCAUCGUCGAUGUCCCCACUUCCCUGGAUCAUGGAUCCAAGAUAUUUAAAACACUCUCUUGGGAAUAGUCUGUGUGGCAAGCCUUACUUCCCAUUUGCUUCACCUGACGCAACACUGAAUUUGAACUCCUAAUUUUCCGUGGUGGUCCCGCUCAACCUGAACUCUUUGGAGUCCAGAGUUUGUCUCCAACCUCAAAACUAGCAUUAACUCUGUCCCGUGUCUUCAUCAAUCAAUGCAAUGUCGUCCGCAAAUAACGUACUCCAUGGAACCUCCUCUUGAUUAGACCGUGUCAGCUAAUCCAUCACCAAGGUGAAUAGGGAAGGGCUAGAACAGAUCUCUGGUGCAGCCCCAUCUCAACUGGGAAGUGCUCCGAAUCUCUAUGUCUUUAGGAGGCUGAUCAUUCUAAUCACAUAUUAAAGUGUCAGCUAAUCCUCUUCUGCAAUAUAAGGUGAGAGCAGGGGCAUGUUUUAUUGGGCUUGAAAUCACUGUAUGGGAUGUGAAAGAUUCAAAUUUCUAUUAAUUGAGAAUAAACCACAAUUCGUCUGUAUGUGAGGAUGCCUUUAGGCUUUAGUUUCAAAUUGUUGAAAAAACUAUGUUUUACGCAUUUAAGUAGGAGUUAUCUCAGUGAAACAAUUUCUAUUUCGUUGGUGUUAUUUCUUUGUUUUACUGUAAUACUCAAGAAACAUGGUCAGUCAGGGAUUCAUACCCAGCAUGUAUGGCGUAAUUGUUGGUGUUG